GCCUGUGAGAGGCAGUUGCGAGGUAUUAACCUCAGCUGUGUGGCACACCAGGGCCAUGGAUGGCAGUGGCUGCAUAAACACCAGAGGAUGGGUUUACCCCACAGUUCUCCUCUGUCUCUAUGGCUUCUUCACCUUUGUCAGACCCUCAGAGCCUUUCCUCACUCCCUACCUUACAGGACCGGAUCACAAUCUGACUGUAGAGCAGGUGACAAACUCUGUGUUCCCAGUAUGGACGUACAGUUACCUCGCCAUUUUAUUCCCUGUAUUCCUGCUGACUGACUACCUGAGGUACAAGCCAGUCAUAAUCUUGCAGGGUCUAUGUUAUAUCAUUGUGUGGGUUCUGCUGCUGUUUGCUGAGGGAGUCUCAGCCAUGCAAGGGAUGGAGUUUGUCUAUGGCAUGGUCACUGCUACAGAAAUAGCUUAUUAUGCCUACAUCUAUAGCGUGGUUGAUGCUGAGCAUUACCAGAAGGUCACCAGCUACUGUAGGUGUGUAACGUUAGUGGGCUUUACAGUUGCUGCUGUGCUUGGUCAAAUCUUAGUGUCGUUGGCCGGAGUAUCCUACUUCUAUCUCAAUGUCAUUACACUGGCAUCCGUUUCAGUGGCUUUUGUAGCCUCCAUAUUCCUCCCAAUGCCUAGUAAGACCAUGUUCUUUCACAAAAGGAUGGAAAAGGAGCCUGUUCAAGAGGCCUCCAGUGACCCUACCCCACAGAAUGGUCAGGAUGUGGAUAAAGAGAAGGACACGGCAAACAGUCACUUCUUCAAAGUCCUUUGGCUGCUCUGUAAAGACCUGAAGCGUUGUUAUUCCUCAAAGGAGCUCAUCUACUGGUCUUUGUGGUGGGCUCUUGCAACAGCCGGAUACUACCAAGUAGGAAACUAUGUGCAAGUUUUGUGGGAACAUGUUGAACCUGCUCAAAAUGCAACUGUGUACAAUGGAGGUGUAGAAGCGGUUUCCACAUUUUUAGGAGCCCUAGCCUCUUUGGCGGUUGGCUAUGUCAAAGUGAAUUGGGAAGUUUCGGGAGAACUGGCGCUUGCCAUCUUCUCUGCGGUGGAUGCGGGAGCCCUAUUCCUUAUGGAUUAUAGCACCAAUAUCUGGAUGUGCUAUGCUGGGUACCUGAUAUUCAAAGCAUCAUACAUGCUCCUCAUCACCAUUGCUACGUUCCAGAUUGCUGUUAAUCUGAGCAUGGAACGUUAUGCUCUAAUGUUUGGGGUUAACACCUUUGUGGCUCUGGCUCUUCAGACCAUCCUGACACUCAUUGUGGUUGAUCCUCGAGGCCUGGCAUUGGACAUUGUUACUCAGUUUUUGGUGUACGGAUGCUACUUUGCAGUUAUCACUGGGAUUUUCUUUGUAAGGAGCAUGUACAUUUUAAUAUCUCUGUACUGUAAGAAGUCAGAAGAUGCCAUAAAGGAGCAGACAAGAUUCUAGAGACAUCCAAGCACUAAGUAAGGUCCCUGCUAUUCAAGGAACAUAUGUUUAAAGGUAUUAGUAGUGGGCAAUUAUCAACACUGGGUAAACCUGCCCAUGGGCAGUAACCCACCAGCAACCAAUCAGCAAUUGCAUUUUUUCAGCAGCCAGGUUUGGGUAGAGCAACUAAGCGUUACUGCCCAUGGGCAAAUUUACUCAGUGUUGAUAAACGACCCCCAGUGUUUGUAAUGGACAAUCACACAAACUCUGAAUUGUAGGCUUUGGAUAAGGGUCUUCUUCUAUCUGCUUGCACUGGGGUUACUUAUGUCCAUGUAAAUAAAGGCUUCCAGAUCAUCCUAGAUAAACUUGUAAAACAAAUUGCAACAUUUAGCAAUUGACUAAAAAAUGCCUGUGAGCAAACAUGAAAUGAUUGGUGGGUACAUCACCCAAUACCCUCUUUGCAACUAUAUGGUAAAAGGGAGAUAAGAGAGAUACACUUAUAAAGAGAGAGUGUUUCACCAAGUAAUAGGCUAUCGUUUUGGGGAAUCCACCCACAGAGCUGUGGCUUCUAUUCACUUUAUCUUAUAGUGCAAAAUGAACUGGCCAAGAUGGUGCAUUGGUGGAUAACAUUUUCUAACCUGCCUAAUUCUGGAACAAACCAAUACAAAUAGUACACCAGGUAUCGGUAAACCUCAGCAGGGCACAAUAAAUGUACCAAUAAUUGUAAAAACAAUAUCAUUUGUACUGUACGGCAGCUUAAGACUAUAAUAAAAAUAAAAUCAAAGAUA